UUUCCUUCCUGGUAAAUUCAGCCUUCAGAGGGUCUGUGUUGUCUUACCUGACACACACACUCACAUACAUACACACAGUCACACACAGACACACACAAUUGAUUUCUCCUCUUUUUUAGGGUCUUGGGCUACACAGUCCACCUGUUUUGUCCUUAUGGCUGUUGUGAAUUCAGUACAGAUCGGAGAAAAGAAAUUCAUCAGCAAGACUGACUUACUGUCACAUCUCAAGACCUACAACCUUUAUUUUGAGGAAACAUCGCUCCAGCUGCGGCACAGAGAGGAAGAAGAAGAACUGAUCAUAGAAGGUUUGCUUAAUAUCUUCUGGGGCCUCCGGCGACCAAUCAGAUUGCAGAUGCAAGAUGGCAAAGAGCCAAUCACCUCUCCUCGUUUUCUUGCAUCCUUGAGACGCUCCAGAACUGACGGCAACAAAGCAGAGUCAAAAAAACAGCACAGCACACAGGCUCCGCCAACAAUUAUGUUCACUGAGCCUGAGGAUGUUUCAAGUGGUAGUGAAGCAGCAGGAGAUAAAGGUGAGUUCAGGUGAAGAGGAAGACCCAACCCUGCAGAGGACUAGGAGUUGUGUGAGUGGGCGGAGUCUGGGUGUUCGGCCAGAGCAUAGCAAACAGCGUCAAAUCAAAAGACACCGAUGUUCCUUCAACGGCCAUUUCUAUAACCACACG